CUGCACACUGCCGCUCGAGAGGGGAACACCUCCAUGGUUGCCGCGCUGCUCGCGAUGGGAGCCGUCGAUCAAGCAGACGCCUGCGGGGACUACGCGCUCCACGAGGCUGUCGGAGAUGGGCAUGUGGAGGUCGCGCGCCUAUUGGUCGACGCGGGCGGAGAUCCGAAUGUUGGCGACGUGGAGCGCUACACGCCCCUCCACAAUGUGGCUUUCCGGGGUUACGUGGAAGUCGCGCGCUUCCUCAUCGCGGCCGGCGCGAACAUACAUUACGAGAACAGCCGUGGCUGCACGCCACUUUUUCUUACGACUUACCAAGAUCGUGUGGAAAUUGCGCGUCUUUUG